UUCUAAACACCCUCCUCAGCUACGGCAAAGCACUGUGAGCACUUUCUCAGGACGUGAGCCAAGAAGCCCAGCACCUAUGGGUCAACACAGUUUCCGAGGUCCCAGAUGAGAAAGAUGCGCUCGCUACCACCGUGCGGCGAUCCUUCCUCUUGCAAUAGUCUCAGUGCUCCCGGGCUCUGCCUCCGGACGCCAGGACAGAGAUACCAAAAUCUCACCUCCUGCAAAGAAACCUAACUGCUACGGGGGCCGGAAGAGGAAGAGGUGCGGCUCCGACAGCCAGAGGGGCGGGCAUACGCAGCCUCCCUCGGCUCAGCCUGCUACGGGGGAUGCAGAGCGUCCUGGUCGCCAUGAAAACAGGCCACACCCCGGCGAUCCCUGCCCGUGGUUCGCAAGUGCGCAGGCGCGCGCCCCCUUCCGCGCAUGAGCAGUGCUGCUCCCAACCCGCCAGUCGCGGUCUCCGGCGCCAGCUACGCCGCUGCCGCUGUCACUAUGGCCCAUUACAGAGCCGCCGACUCGAAGCGUGAGCAGUUCCGGAGGUACUUGGAGAAGUCGGGGGUGCUGGACACGCUGACCAAGGUGUUGGUAGCCUUAUAUGAAGAACCAGAGAAACCUAACAGUGCUUUGGAUUUUUUAAAGCAUCACUUAGGAGCUGCUACUCCAGAAAAUCCAGAAAUAGAGCUGCUUCGCCUAGAACUGGCUGAAAUGAAAGAGAAAUAUGAAGCUAUUGUAGAAGAAAAUAAAAAACUGAAAGCAAAGCUUGCUCAGUAUGAACCACCUCAGGAGGAGAAGCGUGCUGAAUAGGAUUCUUCUCCGUUGAAAAGACAAUGAAAAAUGGUUUUGUAUGACUUGAAUAGUUUGUAUAGUAUAUAAUCUUUUCUGAACAGAUGCUAUAGAACUCUUUUAAUAUGUUUAAUUCACCUAUCACACUCUGUUAAAAACACAUAGAAUCAUCAAUAAAAACUCAAUAUAACUUUCUUUGGGUCUUAAAAGCAGGAGAAUCCAAAGUAAAUCCUGAACAAAACCUAAACACAGCCAUCUAACUCAUUACCUUAAAAGACAUUCUGUUUAUUAGUCUGAUUAGGAAUGAUGGCACUGGUUGUAUUUUAGCCAAGACAGUUUAGCAUGGAGCUAUUCCUUGGUGUAGUUCAGGAUAUGAACACAGGUACAGUCAUUCUUUGAAGGUGACACUGUUCUGUAUAUUCUCUAUAGGCAGCUGGAGAGAUGCGUGUGACACAAGAUGCUUUUGUACGGGUUCCCAUGAAUCUUCUGCUCUUGUUUGUGUAACAUGGAACAAAUAACUUCUUUGCCACCACUUUGCCUUAGAUAACUGUGUGUGUGUGCCAGUUUGAACUCUGACACCACAUUUUCCUUCUAUGCAAUCAUCCCUUGUCUGAUAAUCUUGCAUUGCUUUGCUCUGAGCUUUAGUGGGUCCUAGUUGCACACUGGCCUUUCUGUGCUGUUUUUCAAUUUGCCUAAUAAUAGCAUUUACCCUGAUUGUAAUUUAUGUAACUUUAAACAGGAUCACACUGUACCCCCUGCCUGCCUUAUUUGCUUACUGAGCACAAGACAGAGGCAAUAUACAACUCUGGGUUCACACACAAGCUGAGAUGAGAAGAGGAAUGAGCCAUAUAUUGGGGAAAAUCAUAGUCUGUAGGUAUAAUUAUAUAGUGCUUUUCUCCCUCAAAGUAUUUUUCUAGCCUUGAAUUCAUUUUAUCUUCAUUAUCCCUGUGAAGUAGGUGGGACAAGUAUGAGGGGAAGAGGGGUGCUGAAUUUUUAGGCCAAAGACUGAUAUUAAUACAAAUCACUCACUAACUGUAGAGCCUUGGGCAUAUCAGUGAACUGCUCUGAGAUUUACUGUCUUCAUCUGUUUAAUGAGUAGAAUGUCCGUGAUGCCUACCUCACAGGGUUGUUGUGAGGGUCAAAUGAGAAUGUAUGUGAAAGAUUUGUAAAUGGUAAAGCACUAUAUUCUUGUUUGUUA